AUGGAUACGAUACAACCUUCAACCGAUGGGAAAGCGGAAACUGCUACAACGCCAGCUCAUCCUUUGCGGUUCUGCUUCAGGGUCAAAGUGGAGGAAAUCCCUGGUGUACCCUUACAGCGCUCGAUAACCCUAGCCAACGACUUCUUGUCACAAAACUUUCAACGGGGUUUUACUUGGGAUAGCGACUAUAUUUACACGCCACAUGACAUUGCCGACAGCGGAAAGAAAUGGAUACUUCUUGAUGUGGGCAAAAACAUUUCAACAAGUUCCCAGUAUGAUGAUGUAGAGCUGGAGGUCUAUCGAGUUAAUAUCGAUGAUAAUACGUUCAAUUAUGAGAAAGCGCAUUACUCGGAUAUCCGAAGGUAUACCUCUAUUUUCCCGUGGGGUGGUCGACCAUAG